AUGGCAGGAUCAAACGAUGCGGGGCCUUCCAAAACGCCAGCUGUCACAUCGGCUCAGGCUCAAACCAGAAAAGUCAUCCCGGUACAACCAGCUAAAAUCGCAAAGAAUACUCGAUUACCAGCUACGAUGGUAACUUCAAGCGGAACGAUCCAACCUUCUUCCAAAAAAAGUAAUAAACAAAUAACGAAGAAGAAGAGGAUAAAGAGUGAAAAGGGCAAAGAGAGGGCUGUGGAGUUGAGUGAGAAACUCGGUAAUAAAGUCAAAGAAAGGGAGGAGAAGAAAGCAAAACGACAAAGGGCUAAGAAAGCUUGGGAGUAG